AUGUCGACAGCUCACAGGCCUACUUGGCACAAUGCUAUUGGCGUAGGCCUAGAAGAGCGCGGAUCAACAGUUUCUGUUUCCAGCAAAGACUUGCCUUCCCAUACUGAGCUUAAGCGCAGGGCUCCUUUUUCUCUCACCCUUUCUGAGUCUGCCCAUCCAAGGAAGUUAUCUGAAACUAAGAAGUUAUUGCGUGAAAGGCUUGAGGAGACUGAGACUGCACAUAAAACUAAGAACUUGAUUGAGGAUCAGGUGGGUGUUACUAAGAAUUUUUUAAGCCUUGAGGACGCCACGAAGCUUUUGAACUGCGAGGUUAAUGCUUUUCCCGAGGAUGAAGACGACUUUGUCGAGGUUGACGAAGAGACUGUUGACGACGAAGAGGCCGCAUUAUUGCGUGAGUUGGAGAAGAUAAAGAAGGAGAAGGAGGAAAUUAAAGAGCGUGAGAGGGAAGAGCAGCUUAAAUCUGAGGAAAAUCGCGAAAAAUUACUGAGCAGAAACCCUCUUAUGAACCCUUCCAAGCAGGCUCGACGUUGGGAUGAGGACGUAGUUUUCAAAAAUCCACAAUCACAAUCUAAACAACCAACAAAGUAUGUGUUUCUAAAUUCCCGCAAAUCCCCUUUCUUGGGGUCUAGCUAUCCAUUCUAUAUAUAG